UAUAAUUCACCAUAACUCAUAUAUGGCUACGAGAAAAAGACCUGUCAACUUUUCCUCCACAAAACUUAUAUUCAUAACCAUCUUACUGUUGGCAAUUACUUUAGCUAAUGCUGCAGGGUUAAGAGAAACAAAGAUGACAAUAUAUUUGCAAGGUUUCUCAACCGGUCCCAAUGCUACAGUUGUUGCAGUUGCAGGCAUACCAGGCAAGCAUUUGUCAUUUACGCAAUUUGGAACAAUCUUAGUCACCGAUGAUCCCAUAACUGAAACUCCUGAUAUUAACUCUGCUCAAGUUGGGCGAGCUCAAGGCAUGUACGCAACAGCAAGCUUGGAUGGAAUUAACUCACAAGUCUCCAUAUCAAUUUUGUUCACUAAUACAGCCUAUUGUGGCAGCAUUUUGCAGAUUCAAGGCAUUAGUAAGCAAUUUGAUAACGUUAGAGAGCUUUCUGUAGUUUCUGGGACUGGAAGGUUUAGGUAUGCAAGGGGGUAUGUUACGUUUGAAACAUAUUUUGUUGAUAAGUCAUCGGUUUACUCGGUCGUCCGGUGCAAUAUUUCUGUACUGCAUUAUUGACUUUUGAUUUUUUUUUUCCUACUCCAGUCCAAGAUGGAUAAUAGAUUUGCAAAGCACUAGAAAAACGUUUUUUACAGGAUCGUUAAACUUCUGGGCUGGCCCUCGAAUAGCAUAAUUGCUCGACACUACCUUCCUCGAUCUUCGGAUUUCUUCUCUUUUAGCACAUUUGAUUGUUAUCUUAUGUUCAAUUAAAGCUUGGCUAUGGCAAUAAUUGUGUGUUUUUUUUAAAAUAUUAAAUUAUUGUGGUUAGCAAUGUGAA